AUGGCCCAGCCGGCGAUAACAGAAGACUCACUACGAGCAGCUCUCACAAAGCGGCUGAAGGCGACUCACGUCGAAGUGCAAGACAUGUCUGGAGGCUGCGGCCAAGCGUUCACGUCACUUGUAGUGUCGUCGGAGUUCGAAGGCAAGAAUUCACUCAAGCGGCACAGGCUGGUAAAUGCAGCGCUCAAGGACGAAAUCGCACAGAUCCACGCGUGGAGCGCAAAGUGUCAGACACCGGGCGAGUAUGAAAAGGAGAUGGCAGCGACGGGAGGCAAGGACGAGCCGCCGCUAGAUGGCACUGAAGGCGGGAAGGUCACCGGUGUGACUGAAUAA